AUUUCGUUCAAUUUUUAACAAAAAUUUAAUAAAACGCAAAUUGGGAAGCCAAAAAAUUGAAAUUUGGAAAUAUUUCGCAAUCGUCAGAAAAGGGAAGACCGACUGACACCCGUCAAAAUGGAUGCCCAAAAACGUGAACACGAUGACAAAAGCAGCGAACAGAACAAACGGAAGAAACUUGGAACACCAGAUGAGGCUGACGGAGUGACCAAGAUAACCGAUGUCAACGAUGACUGCCUUGAGCUCAUCUUUGGUCAUUUGAUGCUACAGGAUCUGGUCAAUGUAGCUGACACGUGUAAGCGAUUCCAGCCCUCAGCAAAAGCGGUAUUUGCAUCCAAGUGCAGAGGAAAGUGGUUGAUGCUUCAUCCAUCUGUCCAUCGAUUGGAACCAUUCGAAUCACUUGAAAACUUCGUUAAGGUGUUCGGCAUGUCUAAUUGCUUGAAGCUUUUACGUCACUUUGGCCACAAGAUCACCAAGAUAGACAUUGAUUAUUUCUUCAUCAACACAGUCAAACAAGCUGUACUUGGCCGCUACAUGAAUGAAUAUUGUGCUGACUCUUUGAUCGACAUCACGAUUGGUGCUUCGGAAGAGGUGAUAGCGAAUUGGACCAAACCAUUCAUAAAUGCCGAGACUGUUUGGCUCUGGUCGAGUGAUUUGGGUGACUUAAGCGAAUGGUUUCCCAAAACGCGUCGUUUGGUGCUUCAUGCUGGUGUCCAAUGGGUCCAAAACACAUUUCCUCAUUUGGAAGAGCUUGAAAUCCACAAUGGUAGUAAUAAACGCAACCGAGCAAGUGUUGCCGAAAUGUUACGUCUGAAUCCUCAUCUGCAACAACUUCGUCUUUUGGGCCUGGGUUACGACAUGACGUUCAUGGAAAGCGUAAGCGCAUACCUUCAGUCACUCACAUUGCUUGAUAUUCGUUAUGGCAGUGGAUUCUUGAAUCUGGAUGGCUCUUCAAUCAACCUCAAAAGCGUCAAAGAAUUCAAUAUUGACUUACGCCGCGUUGGUGAGAUGCGGAAAAUUCCGUUUUCAUUCGGUCAACUGGAUAAGAUGCAGUUGAAAGUGAACGACUUCAAAAUGAACGAUGACUUCGGGAAAUUCCUCAAACACAAUCCAUCUUUAUCGAAAUUGGUGAUCCACUCUCAAGUAUAUGCUGAUACACAAAACUCGCGUUUGGUUGGACAAAUCAAAAUGGACAUCGCCAAAGUGUCGCCAUCGCUCGAUGUUGAUGUAGAAAUAUCUACUAUAUUUCGUAUGAUGGUAAUCUCAUUAUCCAGCGACGAUUCAGAAGAGGAAGAAUGAAGAAUGCAUUGGUUACAUUAUAUUUGCUUGAACAUGAUCACGAGAAGUUAAUCGGAAACUUCGCAUUCUAAAAUUCACCACAGUUCCAACUAUUUGAAACAUAAACAUUUCCAAAUGAUCAACGAUCCGUUUUUCCUGAUUUCAUAAUCACUUCCAUUUUCCAUCCACGUUCUUUUCAAUACAUUAAGCUUUUUACUAAAUUUUCAAAUAAAACGCGUUGUAUCAGAUCCAAAA